AUGGCGUCACUGCUACCACUGCUCUGUCUCUGUGUUGCCGUAGCGCACCUGGCGGGUGCCCGAGAUGCCACACCCGUGGAGGAGCCCACAGGAAUUGCAUGGGGUCUGCAAGGAAGGUCGCUGCACCCUGGCCAGCCCUCACCAGCCCUGGAGGACUGGGAAGAGGCAAGCGAGUGGACGUCCUGGUUCAACGUGGACCAUCCUGGAGGAGACGGCGACUUCGAGAGCUUGGCGGCCAUUCGCUUCUACUACGGACCUGCCCGUGUGUGCCAGAGGCCGCUGGCGCUGGAGGCGCGCACCACCGACUGGGCCCUGCCGUCCGCGGUCGGCGAGCGCGUGCACUUGAAUCCCACGCGCGGCUUCUGGUGCCUCAACCGCGAGCAGCCGCGCGGCCGCCGCUGUUCCAACUACCACGUGCGCUUCCGCUGCCCGCUCGAGGUCGCCUGGGGCGCGUGGGGUCCGUGGAGUCCCUGCUCUAGGAGCUGUGGGCCGGGCCGUCGCUUGCGCCACCGCAGCUGCGCAGGCCCGGCUGAGGAUGCGUGUCCAGGGCGUUCCCUGGAGGCGCAAAAAUGUGUGCGGCCUUCGUGCCCAGGGUGCAGCCCUGACUUCUGCAGGUGCCCUGACCACAUCCUUCUGGGCUUGGUGGUUACACCAUCUGGGCGACCACUGUCAGGAGCCAGGGUGUCCCUGAGAGCCCGACCUGGCACUAUAGCCACCAGUGAUACCCAAGGAACCUUCCGGGUGCCUGGAUUCUGUGCCAGUAACCAGGCCAAUGUCAGUGCCCAGAUGGAUGGCUUCUCUGUAGGUGUGGCUCGGGCCCAGGCCAAUGGCACCAACCUCGCUGUGGUCACCAUUGUCCUUGAUAAGUUACGAAAGCCCUACCUGGUGAAGCACCCUGAGUCCAGAGUGCGAGAGGCUGGCCAGAAUGUAACCUUUUGCUGCAAAGCCUCAGGAACCCCUAUGCCCAAGAAAUACUUGUGGUUUCACAAUGGGACCCUGCUGGACAGGCGAGAACAUGGGUAUGGGGCCCACUUGGAGCUUCGAGGGCUGCGCCCAGACCAGGCUGGUAUCUACCAUUGCAAGGCGUGGAAUGAGGCCGGAGCUGUGCGCUCUGGCGCUGCCCAGCUCAUCGUGCUUGCUCCAGGCCAGCCAGCCUGCGACCCCCGACCCCGAGAACACCUCAUCAAGCUCCCGGAUGACUGUAGCCAGCCAGGCAGCGGCCCUGCGUACCUGGAUGUAGGCCUCUGUCCGGACACCCGCUGCCCCAGCUCUGCAGGCUCAAGUCCCCGGUGUGGGGACCCUGGCUCCCGCUGCUGCUCGGUGCGCCGCCUAGAGAGCAGAGAGAUACACUGCUCCAGCUACGUCCUCCCAGUGAAGGUGGUGGCCGAGUGUGGCUGCCAGAAGUGUCUGCCUCCUCGGGGACUGGUCCGGGGCCGGGUGGUAACCGCAGACUCCGGAAAGCCCCUGCGCUUCGCCAGGAUCCUGCUGGGCCAGGAACCCAUCGGCUUCACCUCCUACCAGGGCGACUUCACAAUCGAAGUGCCGCCCUCCACCGAACGGCUGGUGGUGACUUUCGUGGACCCCAGUGGUGAGUUCAUGGAUACUGUCCGGGUCUUGCCUUUUGACCCUCGAGGUGCUGGCGUGUAUCACGAGGUCAAGGCCAUGCGGAAGAAAGCUCCAGUCAUCUUAGAUGCCAACCAGAGCAACACGAUCCCGCUCGGGGAUAUGGAAGAGGCGCCCUUGGGGGAGCUGGUCCUGCCGCCGGGAUCCUUCCGCCACGCAGAUGGCAAACCGUACACUGGGACGGUGGAGGCCCGGGUAACGUUCGUGGACCCCAGAGAUCUCACUUCGGCGGCUGCAGCCCCCAGUGAUCUGCGCUUCGUGGACAGUGAUGGUGAGCUGGCCCCGCUGCGCACCUACGGCAUGUUCUCCGUGGACCUCCGCGCGCCGGGCUCCACGGAGCAGCUGCACACUGGGCCUGUGGCGGUGCGUGUGGCCGCAGACCAGAUCCACAUGGCCGGCCACACGGAGGCCCUCAAGCUGUGGUCCCUGAACCCCGAGAACGGCUUGUGGGAGGAGGAGAGCGGCUUCAAACGCGAGGGCUCCUCGGCCGCCCGGGUCCGCAGGGAGGAGCGCGUCUUCCUGGUGGGCAACACUGAGAUCCGCGAGCGGCGCCUGUUCAACCUGGACGUGCCCGAGCGCCGCCGCUGCUUCGUGAAGGUGCGCGCCUACGUCAACGACAAGUUCACCCCCAGCGAGCAGGUGGAGGGCGUGGUGGUCACGCUGGUGAACCUGGAGCCCGCCCCGGGCUUCUCCGCCAACCCCCGCGCGUGGGGUCGCUUCGACAGCGUGGUCACCGGCCCCAAUGGCGCCUGUCUCCCCGCCUUCUGCGACGCCGACAGCCCCGACGCUUACACGGCCUUUAUCACGGCCACCCUGGGGGGCGAGGAGCUGGAGCCGGCGCCUUCCCGGCCUCGCCCGCGCGCGGCGGCAGUGGGCGUCACGCAGCCCUACCUGGACAGGCUGGGUUACCGCCGGACCGACCACGACGACCCGGCGCUCAAACGCAACGGCUUCCACAUCAACCUCGCAAAACCCAGACCCGGCGUCCCCUCCGAGGCCAACGGCCCCGUGUACCCGUGGCGCAGCCUGCGGGAGUGCCAGGAGGCUCCGGUGAACGCCAGUCACUUUCGUUUCUCGCGAGUGGAGGCCGACAAGUACGAGUACAAUGUGGUCCCCUUCCGGGAAGGCACGCCAGCCUCCUGGACCGGCGAUCUCCUGUCCUGGUGGCCUAAUCCACAGGAAUUCCGGGCCUGCUUCCUCAAGGUGAAGAUCCAAGGCCCGCAGGAGUACAUGGUCCGCGCCCACAACGCAGGGGGGAGCCACCCGCACACCCAGGGCCAGCUCUACGGGCUGCGAGAUGCCCGCAGUGUCCGAGACCCUGAGCGACCCGGCAUCUCUGCGGCCUGCGUGGAGUUCAAGUGCAGUGGGAUGCUGUUUGACCAGCGUCAGGUGGACAGGACGCUGGUCACUGUCACGCCCCAGGGCAGCUGCCGCCUGGUGGAGGUUAAUGGGCUUCUCCAGGAUUACCUGGCUCGGCACCCCCCACCCGUGCCCUCCGAGGACCAGGCUGCCUUUUCCAUGCUAGCCCCCCUGGACCCUCUUGGUCACAACUAUGGCAUCUACACCGUCACUGACCAGAGCCCGAGGCUGGCUAAGGAGAUCGCCAUUGGCCGCUGCUUUGAUGGCUCCUCUGAUGGCUUUUCCAGGGAGAUGAAGGCUGAUGCUGGCACAGCGAUCACCUUCCAGUGCAGGGAACCACCAGCCCGGCCCAACCUUUUCCAGAGGCUGCUGGAGUCCCCAGCGGCAGCGCUUGGUGACAUCCGCAGGGAGAUGGGUCAGGCAGCCAGGCCACAGAGCAGGGCUACCAGUUCCUUCAGCACCCAAAGGGGCCAGUGA